GUCCUGUAACAUCACUUUCUUGGACAUCAGAUGGACAUGCUAUUGCUGUAGGUUGGCAGAAUGAAGGAUUGGCCAUAUGGAGUGUUUAUGGAAAAUUAUUAAUGACUACAAUACGAGAUGAUUGGCCCAAUUCAAUCCCAAAUAAUCAAGACAAAUUUUUAAAUGGAGUAAAUGAUCUUGAUAAUGCCAAGAGAGGUUUUUUACAAAUGGAUGAUCGCUUAUUACUUUACCGUGGUGGAGAUCAAGAAGAUCUUAGUGCUAUUAAUCCUGAUACCAUAGUUUGGCAACACAUUCCUUAUGCAUCUAUUAAUGGAGAAGGAAGGUAUAUUGCAAUUGCAGGAAGACGUGGCUUAGCACAUUAUAAUGUGACAUCAGGUCGUUGGAAGCUUUUUGGUAAUCAACAACAAGAACAAGAAUUUGCAGUACGUGGUGGAUUAUUGUGGUAUAAAGAUAUUUUGGUUGCAGCUUGUAAAAAUGUUCAAACUCAUACUUAUGAG